AUGAUCUAUCUCAUCUACUUCGUCGAAACGCUGCUCGCCGGUACAACAGCAGCGCUCAUUCCAUACGUCACAUCCGCUUUCUCGAUGCACUCGCUCACGCCCACCGUUAGCAUACUGAGCAACGUCGUCGGCGGCGUGACGAACCUGACGAUCGCAAAGAUCAUCGAUGUCUUCGGGCGACCGCAUGGCUUCAUCCUUUGCGUGAUCUUCGGUACGAUGGGAUUGCUUUUGAUGACUGUGUGCGAGGGCGUGGGAAUGUAUGCUGCGGCUAUGAUAUUCCAUACUGUGGGGAAUAAUGGCGUGCAGUACAUCUUGUCGGUAUUCAUCGCCGAUACGACGAAGUUGGAGAACAGGGCGCUGAUGCAGGCGCUCAUGAACUCGACUGGCCUCAUCACAGGAUGGGUCGCUGGGCCCUUGGCGCAAGGGUAUCUGAACGGCCUGGGGUGGCGGUGGGCGUUUGGCAUGUUCGGCGCACUUGUUCCGCUUGUUACGCUGCCGCUGUUUGGGCUGUUGGUGUGGAAUUAUCGGAAGGCGAAGAGAAUGGGACUUGUGCGUGAGCGCAGCAACCGUCGUAGUACUGCGCAGUCCGUGGUGCACUACAGUCGGGAGUUUGAUGCGAUCGGCUUGAGUUUGGUCUCGGUGGGCGUUACACUUUCCCUGCUGCCGUUCAACCUUCACACGUUGGCGGGCAAAGGUUGGGCAUCGCCAAUGGUGGUCGGCAUGUUCGUAGUCGGCAUUGGUCUUCUCAUCGCAUUCGCAUUCUGGGAGAGGAAUCGUGCGACAAUUCCUCUCCUUCCAUAUAAUUUGCUCAUGGAUCGAACCGUCUUCGGCGCAUGUCUGCUAUGCACCUGUCUCUUCGCCAGCUAUGCCGUUUGGAACAGCUACUUUGGCUCAUACCUGCAAGUCGUGCAAGGCCUUAGCGUGGAAGAAGCGAGCUACGUCGCGCAAGCCUAUACCGUGGUCAGCGUGGUAUUCGCGGUCUUGGCCGGCUACGUCAUUCAUCGCACUGGCCGCUUCAAAACCGUAUCGCUCGUCGUUGGUAUACCGCUCAGCAUGCUGGGUCAGGGUCUCAUGGUCCUCUUCCUCGCUCCGGGGAACACCGGCUAUAUCAUCAUGUGCUUCCUCCUUAUCUCCGUUUCACAGGGCGUCCUCGUCGUUACGGAUGAGAUCGCUAUCCUGGCCGCAGGGUCACAAGAGCAUGUCGCUGCAAUGCUCGCUCUUGUUAGCAUCUUCGGGAACAUCGGCGGGGCCAUCGGUUUGACCAUCGCCGCCUCGAUCUGGUCGGACGUGCUUCCAAGUCGACUUCGACAAUAUCUGCUUACAGAAGAGUUGCCAAACCUUGACAAGAUCUUUGGAGAUUUGGCGAUGCAGCUGGCUUAUCCGCUCGGGUCGCCCACGCGCAUCGCUAUCCAGCAUGCAUAUGAAGACGCGAUGUCUCGACUUUUGCUCGUGAGUACGGGUAUCUGGGUCCUCGGCGCUGUCGGAGUGUUGAUGUGGCGGAACAUCAACGUGAAGCAAGUUCAGCAGAGCAAGGGCCAUGUUUGGUGA